AUGUCGCACCUUGUCGGCCUCUAUCCUAUUCCACACAUUACGGCAUCCAAUUCCACAACGUUCAACGCUGCCCUUACGAGCCUGCGACACCGGCUUGAUAACGGCGGCGGUAGUUGUGGCUGGCCUCGUGCCUGGACAGUUUCUCUUGCUGCAAGAACCUUUGCCACAGAUGUUGUGCAUGAUUACUUCACGGAUCAGCUUUGGAACUGUACUUUCAACACUUCCUUACUAAACCAGGGCUACCCGGCAGCAUUCCAAAUUGAUGGUAACUUUGGCACCACAGCUGGUGUUGUGGAAGCGUUGCUCCAGAGCCAUGAAAGUAUAUCGAUUGUGAACGGCACCGGCAACAGCACCGGCACUGGAUUGCGACCUGCCUAUACUGGUGACCUUAACAAGGCUGUCCUGAUCCGACUGUUGCCAGCUCUUCCGCCAGCCUGGGGUGCUAAUGGAGGCGGGUCAGUCUCGGGCCUCAUGGCCCGAGGAGGAUUCGGGGUCAACAUGAGUUGGUCCGACAAGGGACAAUUGACUGGGGCCACUAUCACCUCGAACCUGGGCCAGGAGGCAUAUGUGACUCUGGGAAAAGCUGCUAUUGGUAGCUCCGACAGCGAGAACGCGACAUCGAUCAGGAUUGCAGGUGGGGAACCUGGAAAGUUUGUGCACCUUAACACCGUGCAAGGUAUGACUUAUAAUGUCACUCUUGCCUAA